ACUCAUGGUGGAGCUGUCAAAGUGAAUGUUCGCGACAAGUUCACACAUAAAUAUUUAUUUUUACUUGUGAACAUCUGUCUUGAUAUGACAAGUGAAACGAGAUAUUUACGAUUUUUUAUAUAAUUUUCAUCCAAGCGAAAGUGGUUCUUUGUUUGUUUGUUGUAUUUGAAUUCAAUUGAAUUAGAAAUUGUAUCGCUAGCAAAAUGUCGUUCAGAUCGUAUUGUUCGACGGUGAAAUUGUUGCAACAGCAUCGAUUGAUUGAACGUCUGAUUCUGAUGCGUUUAUCAUCGACAAAAACACCAAACUCCACAGGUUCAUUGCACUCAUCACAAGAGGGUUCAGAUGAUCAAAGUGGCAAAAUGCGCGGAUGGCAAAUUCAUGAGUAUGGCGGCGUUGAGAUUCUGCAAUUGAGCAACAAUAUAAAAAUCCCGACUAUUACCUCACCUAACGAAGUUUGUGUUGAAGUUCACACCGCAUCGGUGAAUCCGAUUGAUGUUGCAAUUAUGGGUGGCUAUGGAUCGACCCUAUUGAACGUAUUACGUUGUAACACAAAUAUUGAGUUCCCAUUGACACUAGGCAGGGAUUUUUGCGGUGUUGUCACGAGGAAGGGAAUGUCGGUUCGUGAAGAUAUCCAAAUCGGAGAUAAAGUUUGGGGCGUUGUGCCACCACAUCGUUCCGGUUGUCAUGCGGAAUAUGUUGUUGUCGAUGAAAGUUGUAUAUCGCACAAACCUGAAACGAUAGACGAUAUUGAAGCGGCUGGAGUGUUAUAUGCUGGUUUAACGGCUUGGUCGGGCUUGUUCAUUUCUGGUCACAUCGGCGGUGUUCUGGGAGCCGUAACUUCACAAGGUGGUGGUCAAGGCAAACGGUUGUGCAUUCUGGGAGCAUCCGGUGGAGUUGGAUCGAUUGCCACACAAAUUGCCAAAGCGGAAAAUGUUAAAAUCACUGCCACAUGUAGCACAGAUUGUAUUCAAAUGGUGAAGAAUCUGGGCGCUGACCACGUUAUCGACUACACAUCAGACGAUGUCAUUGAAAAAUUUCGUGACCUUUCGUUCGAUGUAGUCCUCGAUUGUGCCGGCCUCGGCUUGGAAUAUGCCACAAAAGUACCAUGGAAAUUCGAUCAAUAUAUAACAUUCUCAUCGCCACUGCUACGAAACAUCGACUCGAAUGGUAUUGGCAUUGGAUUCUUCAAAAAUAUUGUCAAUCUACUAGAAAGCAACAUUCAAUCUAUGUCAAAGUACAGAGGACUCUCGAAAUGGGCCUACUUUGUGCCCGCGCCACAAGGAAUCGAAUAUCUCACAAAGCAAGUCGAACGAAACAAAAUCACACCGGUCGUUGAUAGCAUAUUCGAUUUUGAUGCCACAAGCGACGCUUAUCAACGAGUGGCUGAUGGUCAUUUGCGCGGAAAAGUCAUACUUAAAAUUAAAUAAGAGCCCACUAUUGAAACAUUCAUAGGAAAAUAAAACACAAAUUGAAAUAGUUUUAAGUGCUGAAUUUUUUAUUUGAUUCAAGAUUAUUUGUUUUGGCUUAGACUCGGAAUAUGUCAUGAAAGUUAGCUGUUUAUAGUUUUGUAAUAAAUGAAUAUUUUUCCUUGAAA